AUGUCUUUUACCUUCUGCCGGUUUUUUUGCAGUGUUGGGAUCGGCUUUGCCGCGUCGCCGCUCCUUCGGGGAGCCGCCGUGGCUCUAUGCGAGACCGUGAAGCCCGCGGCGCCGCCUGGCAUGGGUAGCGCUGCUCACAUAUCCGCCAAUAGCCUUGUGAACCACCUCUUCGACGAAGAUCCGCUGCCGACGAAGGAGGAGCUGCAGUACAUCAAGACGUGGGGCGUGCCAUGGGUGGAGGAUUGGGAUCGUCCAGGGAAUCGCGGAAUCAGAGCGGAUCGCAGUGCGUCCCAUCAGCGGCAGAUCGUCAUGAUCCGCCACGGUCAGUACGGCAACGAAGGCAUAAAUGACGACAAAAUUCAUCGCCUCACUCCGCUAGGCGAGCGACAGGCCCGCGAGACCGGUGUUUACCUGCGCAGGCUCUUUGAGGAGAGCGAUAAGCGGAAGAAGCUUAACGCAAUUUACCGUCAGGCUCGGCGAGCCCACAAGCAGGCAAAGAGUGACGGUGCCUCUGAGGAGCAGUUGACUCAGUUGGAGAGGAAGAUGGAUGAGGCGCGCCUGGCGCUGUGUGGCGCUGGUGGCAUCUUCGUCGAUGCAAUGCCGAUGGCAGUGCAUGUCUCGGACAUGACCCGUGCAAAGCAGACCGCCGACUUAAUUCUAGAAGCGUUCCCAGAAGAUGUGCGGCUACGUAAGGACGUGGAUCCGCAGUUGCGGGAGCGCAUUCCAUGCGCCGUCCAGCCAGCGCGCUCCUUUACCCCCUCCGCGGAGGACAUGCACAUCGCCGAGACCGUCUUUGAGCGGUACUUUCACCGGCCCCUCGAGUCUGGAACCUCUGUCGAGAUCAUCGUCGGCCACGCCAAUAUGAUUCGCUAUCUCACCAUGCGGGCACUGCAGCUGCCUCCCGAGGCGUGGCUGCGCACCUCCCUGCCCCAUUGCAGCGUCACAACCAUUACGAUCCGCGGCACCGGUCAUGUGAGCUUGGUCGGUAUGGGCUCAUACGGUCACCUUCCUCCGGACAUGGUGACGGUCUCGAACGUCAAGUAG